AUUACUUAAACCAGGCUUUUUUCCUUCCCACAAUCCCCCGCGCCGGUGCGUUCCAGCUUUAGCCCGACAGAAUGGCUCCCGCAAAGAAGGGUGGCGAGAAAAAGAAGGGCCGUUCCGCCAUCAACGAGGUGGUGACCCGAGGAUACACCAUCAACAUUCACAAGCGCAUCCAUGGAGUGGGCUUCAAGAAGCGUGCUCCUCGGGCACUCAAAGAAAUUCGGAAACUUGCCAUGAAGGAGAUGGGGACUCCAGAUGUGCGUAUAAAUACCAGGCUCAACAAAGCUGUCUGGGCCAAAGGAAUAAGGAAUGUUCUAUAUCGCAUCCGAGUGCGUUUGUCCAGAAAGCGUAAUGAAGAUGAGGACUCCCCCAACAAGCUCUACACAUUCAAAAAUCUACAGACGGUCAAUGUGGACGAGAACUAA